GACCAUGGCAUCCACGUGCAAUUGUGAUGAAACCCAAGAACUGGACCCAGCAGGGAUCGUCUUGAGUACUGCCAUUUCUAAUGAUACAGUCAUAGGGAACUGUUCGUCUUUCGACUUGCAUACACUGUAGACGCCCGGGAUUGAGACCAUGGCAUCCAGGUGCGAUUGUGAUGAAACCCAAGAACUGGACCCAGCAGGGAUCGUUUUGAGUACUGCCAUUUCUAAUGAUACAGUGAGUGAUGAACUGCUAGAGCAAUGUUCUCAAGAGGGAUGCCUUGAUGUCCUGGAUGUGGAUGGAAAAACACCCUUAAUGUUGGCAUGUUUGAAAGGUCUCGAGAAUGUUGUCAAGUUUUUGUUGGAAAAUGGAGCUAACCCAAACUCAAAGAGCUUGAAGGAGGGUAACACUCCUUUGCAUUAUGCAUGUAUGUUGGAAGAUGUUGUAGGUACUGAUUACUUUCAGAAGCAACUAUAUAAACAAAAGGAAGGGAGAACCCCGAAAAUAUCUAUCAUAAAGCUUCUUGUAAAACAUGGAGCAGCUGUUCAGAACAAUCUAGAUGGAUGGACCCCUUCAUGCAUAGCUGCAUUUUAUUUACUGAAGGAUUUUGUUGACUAUUUCUUAUCGAUGGGCGAUGGGGUUACUAAGGAGGAAAAGAUCAAAGCUUCUGCAAUUCUUGGAGUGGUAAGUGCUACUGUGGGGCGAAACCCAACUGAAGAUGCAUUUGGCUUUCUGUACAGAGCCAUUGAAUUACAAGUAGGUUCUGGCUUCGAGAAAGGAGAUAAUGAACCCUCAGAACUUGCUGCUUGCUUCUCACAUAUCUCUUUAAGAGAAUGUCGUACAUUGGAUGAAAUCCGAUCAGUGGAAUCGUCAGAGAGUGCCUUGAAGGCUCAUGCAUUCUUGUUUGGCGAGAGACUUUUUCCUCCAAGUCUCAAGCAGAGAUACUUAUAUCCAUCCCUUGUUUAUUUUGCUUAUCUUAUAAUGUACCUUGAGGAAGAUGUAGAAAGAGGAUUUCAGAUAUUUUCUUAUGUCCUUGAAUUGGAAAAACAUGGAGGGGCUAUACCAGGAACAGUACUGUUGCAAUUAUCAAAUGCUUAUAACUUUCAAAGAGUGUUUCAUGCUUUUGGAGAUGAACCAGAACCUCUAGUUCGUCAACUCUCAAAGGAUAUGUUGCAUUCUUACAUCCAAGUACUGGAGAAUACUCAUAUUGAUUGCCUGAUGGAUUUGUGUCAGAUACUGGUGGAAAGGUUUAGCCUGAUAGUUUUUUCUGAAGCAGAGAGCUACUCAGGUCCAGAUGUGUUCAAAUCCACCUUGCGAGACAUAGAGAACUUGAUGAGCAUCAUUAGGUGUAGAAUCCAUAGGGAAAAGCCUGCAGAGUUCAGCAAGAUGCCAUCCCUAACAUUUGAAAUAAUGUCACAUGUGAAGAGUAGAGAUGGCUGUGUGCUCUUUGACUGUGAGAGCUUUUCAAGACCAUUCAUGCUUGUGAGAAUCAGGUAUUUGGUUCUCUGGUCUCUGCAAUAUGAUGGUGCUUCAUAUCAGCAUAGGAGAAGCGGGAACACCCUGCUACAUCUUUUGGCAAUGUCCACAUUUGCAGCCGUUUAUAAUGGAUGUGUAACAAGGGUCAUGAGAUGUAUCAAGGAUCUUGCCGAGGCCUUUGUACAUCAUGGAUGUCCUAUAGAUGCAGUGAACAGCGAUAGAGAAACUGCCAGAGACAUCAUGCAGAAUGUUGGCUUGACAAGGUCCAAUUUUAAGCUAAUAGAAACGGUAAUGAGUCCGCCAAUCACUGUAUUGCAACUGCAGGAGUUGGCAGCAAGAGUCAUCAUCCGGCACAAGAUAAAUUACAAAAACGUCCUUCCUACGAGGCUGCACCAGAAUAUGGAAAGGGAUAUGCCUACUGAUGCAGACUUUAGCUUGAAGGUUUUAGGAAGUUCGAAGAAUAAAGAAAGCAUAUUUGAAAGUGACAGCAGUGGCGAAGAAACCGAGGAUGAUGAUGAUACUAGUGAUAGUGAUCACUCUAGUGAUAGUAAUAAGAAUAGUGAUGAGAAUAGUGAUGACAGUGAGAGCGACUGAUUCACGGCCCAGGGUGAUGUGUCAUGAAGCGGAUAAAGCUGUUCGUAAUGUGUGACUUUACAUGUAUGAAUGGAACAUGUUCCUCAGUGCUUUAUAGUCGGCAAUAUAGGGAUAUAUCAGCAUAAGGAGGGAUCACCAGUCAUCGGAAAAAUUACAUGGGGGUUGGAGGCUGUUUCGCGCCUAAAAUGCCCAAAAGAGCCCUGGAAAAUCUCCAUUGCAAUGUAGCAGAUGUAGGCAGUAGAUUACACAAAGUACAAAGUAGCCCCCCAAUUUUUAGCUCAUCCGGCCCGAAGGGCCAAAUGAGCUUAUGCCAUGGCGUGGCGUCCGUCGUCAAAAAAUGCUUCUAUGUCAUUUCUUCAUCAAUUUCAAUUCUAAAUCCUCAAUUUAUGUCACCAAUAUAAUUCACUACAGUGUCAAGGGGCUGAAAUUAAAUUGUGUUAAAUUUUGUUGCGAGAUGCCGGAUGAGCUCCACAUCAUUGAUGUGCUAGUUUUUUUUAUGCCUGUUUAGUGUGCGUAAAGUCAUUCAUGGCUUUACGAAAUGGCCCCCAGGUGUAUUGGUGGUAGUGCAGUACAUUAAAAUAUGAAUAGAUUAUAGCUUGUGGGCUUAAAAGUGUACUGACCCCCUAAAACAGUUCCACAACCUAGACAAAUAAAAGGAAAAAGGAGUGAAGAAAAUGAAAAAGUGAAGGGGCCGCAUGUCAUAAGGUGGUCCAAUUUCGCGAACAGGGUAAAAAUGGUCAAUAAUUUCAUUUUUUGGUAUGUUAUAGCUAUUACCAUUCUCUAAAUAAUGAAAAAGUUUAAGUCUCAAAUACCUUUAUUUUUCCUUAAAAUGACUAAUUAACAGCUAAUUAUUACAUAGAUGUCAAUGUAAAUGUGAAUUUUGAAAUGCGUUUUUCUCAAAUUGGACCUGCUGCACAUACAAUGGUGUCAAAAGUUAAUGCAACAUUGGACCAACCUAGUAUUUUGCAGUUAUAAUCUUGAAACAUCAAUAAUUAAAUUGUACCAAAAAUCGAAUAAUUAUCUAUUAUUGUAUGCAUAUAACAGUAUUUAAUUUAACAUUUUUGCCCCCAAAAUACAUGUCACUGUAUUUAUAUGCUUGGCAAAAUGACAACAUCAUGGGUAGAAAUGUUUGUUGCAAUGAUACACAACAUUUGUACUAAAAAUUAAGAUUACAAAUGAGAUAAUUAACCAAAUUUUUCCAGUUUACUAAUUGAUUAGGUUGCAGAUCAGAGCUGACAUACACAUGUAUUUCAUUGCUGCAUAUUUUCAAAAUUGUCAAAUUUUAUGACAUUUAGUAGUUGUUCCACGAUUUGAAAUGCCCAGAAAUAUGAGGAUAACAGUCAUAUUACAUAUUAUAGUAAGUUGUUAAUUAAGUUUAAUUAAUAUUCUAUCAUUCACCGCAUCCACCGGCUUCGCCACCCCUGUUACUUCAAACUUAAUGUGCUAUAGUUUUUGUUCCUGAUAUUGUAUUGAUCUAAUUCAUAGUAAUAUAUUUAGCCUAUAGUUCUAGCUUCAAAAUGAGAUCUUACUCAAUAAAUUUGGUCAAGAUGCUGUGAUGUACCAACAAUUUAUCCAUGGCACCGUGUGGAAAAUUGUUCAUACGCCACCCUUUGUGCAUACCCAACUUGAUAUUUUUUAAUAUGACAAAAGCUAUCACAAAAUUCAAUUUUCAUUCUAAAAUAGUCAAUAUUUUGUGACGUUUUGAAAAUUUUGUGUCAUUCAUUUAGGCCAUGUUGUGCCCCCUUAACUUUUUUUGGCUCAUUACACCACUGAUUUCUGUUAUAAAUUGUGUAAUAUAUAUACAUAUUGUAUUUUGAUCUCAGCUAUCAAUAAUCUAUCUUUUCUUUAGUCUUGAAAUUUAUGAAAACAGCACCUGCAUACACAUGUAUAAAGUUUAGUUUGUCUCAAUAUGUACUACUGCUAGUUAUAAUAUUAUGUUUUGUAUGUCCAAUUUACAGCGUAGGGAAUACAUGAUGGCGACGGGCGAUUUUGCCCUCAUAACAGCCCUAAUUGCCCCUAAUAUUCCCCCAAAUACAUGCUUUGGGGUAACCAUUCUUUCUAUAGACGCCCCAAGAUCUGUUCCAAAGAAUAUUUAAGAUUGAUUUAAAAAUCAACAUUCUAACUGGCAGAAGAAUAAUAUUUGCUUUUACUGCACUAUUCGGCCCCUGGUUAUAAGUGGUUUGGGUUAACUGCCCAUUCCAUCUAAUUACUAUUGUCACGUUAUUCAAUUAUGGUUUAUUAUGUGGCAGUCACGGGCCACCUUUCAUCAUUUAUGAUGGCAACAUCAGGCCCAAAGAGCAUUGUACCCCCAAAAAUAGUUUUUACCCCUGAAAGUAGCCCUUCAAAUGAAAGUAAAGCCCAAAAAAUUAUGAAAUCACUCCAAUGUGAAAAAUAAAAAUAGUCCUUAAAAAUAGAAUUGAUUUCUUAGUCUGCCAAAUUAUCUUUGUCUUCUUUGUGUCACUUUAUACAGUAGCAGAUCUAGGUGGGGGCAUAAUUGACCUAAAACCCUCCUUAUUUUGAUAAUCAACCAUUGACUAUACAUAUUAAUGUAGCUAGGAAAAUUUUGAUCUGCACACCCUCUAUUUUUAAAUUUGCUCUUUGCAUUCCCCUCCAAUUCAAAAUAUAUAAUCUGCCACUGCGUUUUAUUGUUUUAUUAUCGACCCCCCAUAUGGUCAAAAGAAAUGGAAGUACAAAUUCAAGUAUAUGUAUAAAUGAUGUUUAUUAAUUAGCUGUUUGAAAAUGUGCUGGUUGCUCAGUAUCAUUCCAGUGAUCCAUUUCAUAAAACUUUAAAAUAACUAAUAGUCAACUUGUUAUAGAAUUUGUGCAUUUGUUAUUACAAGAACUCUGUAUGAAUCGGGACCAAAAACCCUGUAACAUGAAAGAUUAAAAUCAAUUGUAAAAUCCAUUAUCAUUUCAACUCUAUGGCAAAUCAAGUACAAAAAUAUUACAAUUGAUUGUAAAUAUAUUGAUUGUGAUUCCUUAUGUUACAAGUCACAGAUAUUUAACAUACUUUAUAUGUAAAUUAAAAUAUAUAUUUCUGCUCAUGAUGAAAUAUACUUGAAUUGUUAAAAAUGCUGCAUGUGUAAAAUGUUUAAAAUAUUUUUGGUUAGAUGGUCAUCUUGAUUAUGAAUAUCGUUAGAAGAAGGAUAAAAUUGAUGAUGUGAUGAGAGUGUAGGGUAUAAUUUUAUAUCAACAACUCAUGGUUUCAGAGUUUAGAGAAUAUAUGUCUGGAGAUAAUUGAGCAAUAAUUGGCAGCGUUGACUGAAGCUUGAUAUUUUAUUGAAUAUCUCUUUAACCUUUUGCAUCUUAGAAUAUACUUGUUACUAAAAUGUGAAAUGUGAAAUUUAUUUAUUUCAAUACUCAUGCACUUUAAGUUCAAGUUAGUCAAUUCAUCUUUUUUCUUACCUACAGGUGCUUUUGUAAUUUUUUUCUCAAUGUUUUUCCAUUACUGUGUGAAUCUGUUUUACAAAAAAAAUAUUCUGUCAACUUUAUUAUUGUGUAAAUAGUGUGAGUGAUAUAACUUCACAUAAGUAUGUAUGUCUAACCAGAUAGAAAGAGAUUUAACCUAAUGCCAUGGACAAUAAAGAAACCGAAAUAUAUAAUUUGAACAAUAUACUAAAAGCUCAUUGUAAUUUAUAUUUAUAACUGCCUUGCCAUUUGUCAUUUGUUUAUGCCAUGGUCAUGCUUUUUGUAUAUCAGAUUUUCUUUUAUGCCUAUUAAUAUUGGUAUCCAUAGACACCUGUCCCAAUACCCGUUGUAUACCUCGCUAUUGCUGCAAUAUUUCAACAUGAUUAAUUAUAUGAAUGCAUGGUGUUAUACUAUAAAAGUUUGUGAUCUUUGUGUCAAGCCUCUCUCGUAUUUUUAUUGUAAACCCUCACAUUUAGGAAUUUGUAUAUGUCUUAGACUGUUACAAUGUGGAUGAUAUUGAAUUCUAUUGGCUGAAAUGAAUGUUUAUUCAUUUAUUAUCAUUAUUGUUGUUAUUGUUAUCAUUAUAUAAAUUAUGAUAAUUAUUAUUAUUUUCAUUAUUAUUAUCAUUAUUAUUAUUAUUGUUAUUAUUAUUUUAAUGAGACUUUAACUUUUGGUUAUUACAUAUAUAUUUUAAAAAGAAAACACAAACAAAACUAUUUUUUAACAUUUCAUUCUAAGGACCAAGCAUCUCCCUUGCCAUUCUGAUUUUUUUUUCCUACUUGAAAUUCAGAAGAUAUUUGUUUGUUUUAUUUUUCGCCAUGCAUAACAAAAAUAAAUUGACAGAAUAUAGUGUUACAUUGAUAAUGAUACAUAGUAGGAACUAAGUAUAAACAAAAUAUGUUCGAAGCACAGAGUCCCUUAAGUAACAAAGGUACGUAAUUCUAUUGAAUUAAAACAUGGCUCGAAAUAAAAACUAAAUUAAAAAUAUAUGUAUAUAUUUCUUUAAAUUAUCCUGCUAUUUUAUUUAUGUCAAUUAAAUGUAGUAUGAGGUAUAUGACCUUUGCAUUGUUGAUUGAUAAACGACAUUGGACUUUGCAGAAAGAAGUAAGUGAUGUGCAUCAAUUAUGAUCCAAUAGUGACCAAACAACAGGCAUGUAAAUCUGAAAUGUACCAGUUUGUAAAUACUAGUAUAUGUAACAUGGCAAAUUUUUAGCUGUCAAAUUAUGGAUAGAGAAAAUAUAUGUAGCAAGAAUGAA